UUGAAGCUAAAUAUUCAUAGAUAUUUAAUUGUAGCUAAGAAUACACAAAUAAGUGACGUGUUCUUGUUCUUGUGAGAAACGGCCUAAUAUAACAAAAGUAGUCAAACAGGAAAAGCACAGAAGCGCGCGCGCGGGGGAUCACACACUAGCGCAUGCGCGCUCACGAGCCUUGGCGCCGGCGCGAGAGUCACAGAUCAACUUGCUCCGGCCAUCUGCGUCUGAAGACGGCAAAAUACAUAAGAACUUACAUCUUACUUGCAUACCGAAGAUCAUGGCCAGAAGAAGCUAGAUCUGUGAAUGGAAACACACACAAGAUAGCAAGAGUAAAGAAAGAGUGCAACAAGAGGAGAAAAUCAAUAAAAAAGUUUAAUGACUCUCAGAAUGUAAGGAGGCAGAUUGAUCUGAACAGCGUGAAUGAAGUUGUGUCUGACUCAUCUGAUCAAACUCCAGAUGCACAGCCUUCUCCACUCCCAACACUCAGUUGGGGCAGCUCAGAGGAUGUCUGGAUGAAAACGCUGAGUAAAGAGAUAAAGUACAAACACAGCAAGAGCGGUUUAGACAGACACCCGUCGCUGCGGCCCAAAAUGAGGGCCAUGCUGCUCGACUGGCUCAUGGAGGUGUGUGAAUCAUACACACUUCACAGACAGACCUUCUACCUGGCUCAGGACUUCUUUGACAGGUACAUGUUGACCCAAAGUGACGUGCAGAAGGAUCAACUGCAGCUCAUAGGAAUCACGGCUCUGUUCAUCUCCUCCAAAAUAGAGGAAAUAUAUCCUCCAAAAAUCACCGAGUUGGCUUAUGUGUCUGACGGAGCCUGUCUGGAGGAGGAGAUCCUGCAGAUGGAGCUGAUCAUGUUGAAGGUGUUAAACUGGGAUCUUUGUCCAGAGACUGUGGUCUCGUGGAUGAAGCUCUACAUUCAGAUUGCAUCACUGUACGACGUCACCAAUCUAUUAGAGCCUCAGUUUUCUCAGGAAACCUACAUUCAGAUCACACAGCUCUUAGAUUUGUGCAUCCUUGAUAUCAACUCUUUGGACUUUAAGUAUGGAGUCUUAGCAGCGGCUGCUUUUUGCCAUUUCAUGUCAGCUGAUGUCGUCCAAAAAGUAUCGGGACUGAAGUGGGAGGCCAUUGAGACCUGUGUGAACUGGAUGGCUCCUUUCGUGGAGACCAUGGCGUGUUACGAGAGCGCACAGCUGAGAGAAUUUGGGCAGGUGCCGCCUGAGGACAGACAUAACAUUCAGACACACGUCAACUACCUCUGCAUGCUGAAAGAGGCUCAGGAGAAGCAGUCAAAAAGCCUGGAGCCCUUGUUCCCACCAACACCACCGAGCAGCACUGAGAAACCCAGCUAACACUAGUGUUCAUUCAGCAGGAUCAGUGUACUGUGAUUCUUACUGUGACUCUAGUUCAUCUCAAGAGUUCAGGUCAUUAAAUGUAACAUGCACUCUGUGCACAGGGCUUAAACUGCUAUUUAAGUAACAUAAAACAGUGCAGUUUCUUGAAGUCUAUUUUGAAUAGGCAAUUUACGUUUCCCAGUGUUUAUUAUGGUUGUCUUAUACUUUAUAGUACAAAAAUAUUGUGCAAAAAAAAUAAGAGCAGGCCUCAUGAUUGCUAGUGUAGUAUUUUUGUAUUUUUUCUAUUUUAUUUUAAUGCUUUUCUCUGGAAUUCAAAUGAUGACUUCUUAAAAUAUGAUUCAUGAAAAUAUCAAAUUUCCGGUCAGCCCAAUGUUCUUUAUUAUACAGCAUAAUUUAAGCAUAUUGUUCAAUUGUAUAUAGAAUGUAAGAUGUUUACAUAUGCCAAUUUCGACUUUACCAAAGGCAUUAAAUUGUGCAUUUGAUUGUUCCUUAUUGACACAUAAUUGUGAAAAUUGGAUGUGUGCGUGUGUAUAUGUAUACAUUUGUAUGUAUAUUAUAAAAAUAGGACACAACAUAAAUUAGCAUAGGCAUAUUUAUUUGAAAAUUGUUUUUUUUUAUUAUUUAUUUUGUUUU